AUGUUGACAACAUUUAUGUUUCCAACUGUUGACAAAUCAACAAAAGUUGCCAACAUUUGUUUCCGAAAAUGUUCCAAGAAGCGUCUCCACCGAAGGAACAAAUGUUGGCAACAAGCGUAUUCCUUUGGUGUUGGCGCCGAAAAUGGAAACACGGUUCCCGAUAUUGUUUCAAGUUUUGUUGCUAACACUAUAUCAACACAAGAUUCAUUCGAGCAAAAUAUUUGUUCAGUGGAAGUACAUGAAGCAAUGUCUGCACAGUGUCAAAAUACACCUGUAAUAAAUGACCUUGGUGAACAGAUUAGUUCCGAUAUUCUUCAUGUACUGACCACGCCCCAAUCAUCACCUCGUGAGUCAUUUAAACAAGUCGUCGUGCAAGCCCAAGUGCAUGAGACUACUUUACGACAAGACAAGGCUUUACGGUGGAAAAAUGUACUUUUAGAAAACGAUCCUUGCGAUCAGACUGGUCCCGGAGACAUAUCAACUCAAACUGAUUGGGAUAUCAUCGAAUCAGACGUUGAUUUUGCUCGUUACACGCCGAUUUCGGCCACGCAGGAAGAAUCAAUAUCAACCACACAAGAAUAUAACAAAUUCAGUGCCUCAGAACCCGAUUCAGAUAAAUACAAUUUUUCUUUUGAAACCGACAACUGUGAUAACAGUGACUGUGCGAAUUUAGAAGGAAAUAGAAUAGUGAAUAUUGCUUAUCUAUUUCAACAAUUGAAAAAUAUUAGGCAUGAUCCAUUUGAAUGUAAUUUACAGAAUAGCGUUAUACUCACAAUUUCUUUUCAAGUGCAAAUUUUGCAACAAAAUAGAAAAGAUUGA